AGUAUUAUCACUUCAUUGAAAAAGUAGUGAACUAAUCUUAUCUAUUUUUUCAAUGUAUGAGUUAUGACACUCGGAAUUUGAUCUACUUCGAUUUAAUCCUACAAGCUGACGGCCAGCUCUCAGGCGGUUGACUACAGAGUACGGUCUGUGCCUGGUGCCAUUGGAUGCUCUUGUAUUCAGUAAUUACGCUGACAACGAUUAUUAUGCGAUACGAUGUACCUAUACACAUUCUUUAGUUUUUUCUCCUCUAACGCGGAUCUCGAUUACUGUAUUUUCCACGCUAACUUUCUGAUCGGAAAAUAUAGUUAACUAGUCAUUGAAUCAGUAAGUAUCCAUUCGGACUAUGGGAGCGCGGGUUUCCAGAUCUGAUUUCGAGUGGAGCUACACUGAAGAACCACACGCCACUCGAAGGAAAAUAAUCUUAGAAAAAUAUCCAGAAAUAAAAAAACUUUAUGGUCCAGAUAAAAGUUUUAAGUGGAUUGUUAUAGUAACCACAUUGUUACAACUAUUGUCCUUUUACUUUAUUAAGGAUUUACGAUGGUCUUAUGUUAUAAUAUUGGCCUAUUGUUUUGGUGGUAUUGUUAAUCACUCAUUAAUGCUUGCUGUUCAUGAAAUUGCUCAUAAUAUGGGUUUUGGCCCAAAGUACCCAAUGAGAAAUAAAAUAUUGGGUAUGUUUGCCAAUUUACCUAUCGGUUUACCUUUUUCUAUUACAUUUAAACAUUAUCAUCUUGAGCAUCACCGGUAUCAGGGUGAUGAAAAACUGGAUACAGAUAUACCCACUUAUUUUGAAGCCAAGUUGUUCAACUCCACAUUUGGUAAAUUUGUAUGGGUAUUACUGCAGCCUAUUUUUUACGCUUUUAGGCCAAUGUAUGUUUAUCCUAAAAACCCAACUUCUAUGGAAAUUCUAAGUGUGACUAUUCAACUAGCGUUCAAUUUUUGGAUAUACGUUUAUUUAGGUGGUAAAGUACUAACAUAUAUGUUGGCUGGUUCGUUAAUGGCCAUGGGUUUACAUCCAGUAGCUGGGCAUUUUAUUUCUGAACAUUAUAUGUUUAACAAAGGAUAUGAGACAUAUUCAUACUAUGGACCCUUAAAUUUAAUAACAUUUAAUGUUGGAUAUCAUAACGAGCACCACGACUUUCCAUUUGUCCCUGGAUCAAAACUACCACUGGUGAAAAAAAUAGCUCCUGAAUUUUAUGAUAAUUUGCCACAACAUCAUUCAUGGACCAGUGUUUUAUAUGAUUUUAUCAUGGAUCCGAGUAUUGGACCAUAUGCAAGAAUAAAACGUAAACAUCAAGGGUUGAAAUCUUGAAAUGUAAUCUAUUAUUCCAUUUCAAUAAAAAAAAAGAACGAUUAAGCAAUAUUUAAAUAACCAAUCUAUGUUUUUUACCAAAAUUAAAAAUUCUGCUUGUAACUACUUAAUGUUAGAUUUAUUAUUUGCUUUAGUUAUAACUACUUAAUCAUUUUCCCUAAAUGCUCUCUAAAAAAAUGUAUUUCAUUAAUGGUUCUAGCAUAUAAUAUGUUACUCUAGUAAAUUGUUAUUAUUAUUAUUUGUUUCUUUUAAAUCUUGCCAUUUAGAAAUAUUAAA